AUGCCGCCCUAUUUGAAGGCGGUGGUGGUGGGCUCGGCCGCGCUGGGAGGAUUGUACGUGGAGAGCCAUGUGGAGACGAUGCCGCUCAACGGCCGCCGCCGCGUCAUGUUCCUGUCGCCGGAGCACGAGGAGCGGCUGGGCGAGCAGGCGUACCGAGAGAUACUGAGCAGCUCCCGCCUGCUGCCGCCGUCGCACCCGAUGUCGCGGGCGGUGGCGCGCGUCGGCCACAAGAUCGCGAGCGAGUCGGACGCGCCCUUCAUGAAGUGGACGUUCCAUGUGAUCGAGGCCAAGGAGCCCAACGCCUUCUGCCUGCCUGGGGGCAAGGUGUUUGUGCACUCGGGGCUCUUCAAGGUGCUGCGCGACGAGGACGCGCUGGCCGCCGUCAUGUUCCACGAAGCUGCACACGGCGUGGCCCGUCAUGGCGCCGAGAAAAUCUCCUUCAGCUUGCUGGUGUAUGGACUUCUGGCGCUGCUGUUCCCGGACUACGGCCAGAUUAGCGAUCUGAUGGUGAAGCUGGCUGUGGACCUGCCGUUUUCGCGCAAGUUGGAGCUGGAGGCCGACUCGAUUGGGCUGCGACUUAUGGCGCAGGCGUGCUACGACCCUCGCGCCAGCAUUCAGAUGAACACGUUGCUGGGCCAGCUGGACAAAGGCUCGCAGUUCAAGUACUUCUCGACGCACCCGCCAAGUGAGGAGCGAGUGAAGGCGCUUCGGGAGCAACUGCAAACCGCAGUGGACAUCUACGAGGCGUCGGACUGCGGUGCACGGAAGCAGGCAUUUGCGAAGGCAAUGAAGCCAGCCUUUUCACCUCAGGAAAAUGCAACUUUUGACUGGUAA